AUGCCUUAUCGUUCGGAAACUGAAAUACUUGAAGACUUCGAUAAUGCCAAAGAAGCUUUUGUAGCUCGAGAGAGUCGUUUAAGGGAAACAAGUAGACAUAUGUGCCAACAUCGAGAGCGGGACCAACAGCUUGAAAAUGCAUUCAAUCAGAUACAUGCUUUCGAAAUUUUGGAGCAGCCAGAGAUUAUAAAUCCUGAACUUGAAGAGGAAGAGUUACCAGAGAAAGAAAUGAGCAAUGAUCAAUUCCAAAGAGCGCAAAAUGCGAUGAAUGUUGAUCAAGGACAAUUAGUUGUUCUUGUCACAGAGAGUAUUAAGAAGCAACUCAAUGGUGAUAUGAAACGGGAGAAAAUUUUCGUAACUGGUGGAGCAGGCACCGGGAAAACAUUCCUCUUUAAUCUAUUGAAAAACCAUGUCAACCGAUGUUAUGGAAAACCGGUGGUAAAAGUCGGUGCUCUCACUGGAGUUGCAGCACGGUUAAUCGGUGGUACAACGCUACACCGGCUGUUAAAACUACCAGUACAAAAAGAUCGAGUAAUUGUAAGCAUGCCACUUCUUACCGGUAAUUAUUUGAGAGGAAUGCGUCAGUUAUGGCAAAAUAUUGAGUUUCUGUUCAUAGAUGAAAUUUCUAUGAUACCCUAUGAGAUGCUUUGUAUGAUCGACUCUCGUUUGCGACAACUGAAAAUCGCAGACGCUUGUUUUGGUGGCAUAAACGUGAUACUCUUUGGAGAUCUAAUGCAGUUACCACCUGUUAGAGGACAUCAAGUUUUUCAACAACCAGAUCAUAUGAAGCCAGCUACACAUUUGUGGCGACAGUUCGGUCUGGUUGAACUUAAACAAAACAUGCGUCAACAAGGAGACACAACAUUUAUAGAUGUACUUAAUGCCCUACGAGUUGGAGAAAUGACGUCUAGACAACUUGAAAUCCUUUUGGAAAAAGUUUCAACGGAUGCGACUAAUGAAUUUUCGAUUGAGAAAGCAUUAAGAAUUUACCCAACGAAUGAUCAAGUUGCUAGACACAAUGAAAAAGUUCUCCAGAGUUUUGAGAAUAAAGGGACAGUUAUUUAUACAAUAAAAGCACAAGACCAACUUAUUGAUGCCACUCGUAAUUUAGGUAACAAGGACUUAAAUUCUGUGAUACCUAAUGAUAUUAAUAAAACAGGAGGUCUUCCGAAAGAACUGAAAAUAUUCGUAGGGGCUAAAGUGAUGUUGAGGUCGAACAUUGACGUGUCAAAAGGUUUAGUGAAUGGCAAUAUGGGUUUUAUCACUGAAAUCAUCUGGCCAAAUUUUCGCAGAGACCAACUAUACGCGGAAGACAUCCCGUCCGUCCGUAUCGACUUCGGUUCUGAUGGUGUGCACAUGAUUAAACCGAUAUCGAUACAGUUCCCAGCGAAAUAUAGCUAUGGAACUGCUGAGAGACGGAUGUUGCCCUUAAUCCUGAGUUGGGCUUCGACCGUUCACAAGAUGCAAGGUUGUACAGUUGAUCAUGCAGUCAUUUAUCUAGGCUCGCGACUGUUUGCUGCUGGACAGGCCUAUGUAGCACUUAGUCGUGUAAGAUCUUUAGACGGUAUGCGGAUCGAAGAACUUGAUUGCUCUAAGCUAACUGGAAAAACUCCAUGCAACAGUGAGGCUUUAAAUGAAAUGAUUAGAUUACGAAAUGAUUCGUAA